UGUGGUCGGUUGUGUUUGUAGAUAAAUGGAAGGGUUUGACAGAUGUCUAAUGUUUACGUUUUCGCGAGGAAGCGAUGUAAAUAAGGUCAGUUUGCAACACUAUUUUGCUGACGAUUGAUGAAUAUGGUGGACUCUAGGGCCCAGCUGGGGUACGUAGUAGGCCUAGUUUUUCCGCGCACUUUACUGACACAGCAGCGGGGGUACAGUCUUUUUCCUGCCGGUCGGUCCACCAGUGCCUGGUCAGGUCCCUCUCGGAGACCGGCUUCUAACUAGACAACAGCCCCCCUGUGCUGAAGCGAUUACAGCAGCAGGAAAGAUGGCGGACGACCCUAACGCGGCGGACAGGAACGUGGAGAUAUGGAAAAUCAAGAAGCUGAUUAAAAGCUUGGAAGCUGCCCGUGGCAAUGGCACCAGUAUGAUCUCUCUGAUCAUUCCCCCUAAGGACCAGAUCUCCAGAGUGGCCAAGAUGUUGGCUGAUGAGUUUGGCACGGCUUCUAACAUCAAGAGCAGAGUCAACAGGCUCUCUGUGCUUGGGGCCAUCACCUCUGUACAGCAGAGGCUAAAGCUAUACAAUAAGGUGCCCCCUAAUGGCCUGGUGGUGUACUGUGGAACCAUUGUGACCGAUGAAGGCAAAGAGAAGAAAGUCAACAUAGACUUUGAGCCUUUUAAACCCAUCAACACCUCGCUGUACCUCUGUGACAACAAGUUCCACACCGAGGCGCUGACGGCCCUGCUUUCUGAUGACAGUAAGUUUGGCUUCAUUGUGAUAGAUGGUAGUGGGGCUCUAUUUGGCACGCUCCAGGGGAAUACCAGAGAGGUGCUGCACAAGUUUACUGUGGACCUGCCCAAAAAACACGGCAGAGGAGGUCAGUCUGCUCUGCGUUUUGCCCGUCUGCGGAUGGAGAAGAGACACAACUAUGUGAGGAAGGUAGCUGAGACUGCUGUCCAACUCUACGUGUCCAACGAUAAGGUCAAUGUAGCCGGAAUGGUCCUAGCAGGGUCUGCCGACUUCAAGACUGAACUGAGCCAGUCGGACAUGUUUGACCCUAGGUUACAGGCCAAGAUUCUGAAGCUGGUGGACAUCUCGUACGGAGGAGAGAAUGGUUUCAAUCAGGCCAUCGAGUUGUCAGCAGAAGUCCUCUCGAAUGUCAAGUUCAUCCAGGAAAAGAAGCUGAUAGGGCGGUACUUUGAUGAGAUCAGCCAGGACACAGGGAAGUACUGUUUUGGGGUGGAGGACACACUCAAAGCCCUAGAGAUGGGAGCUGUGGAGAUACUCAUAGUCUAUGAGAACCUAGACACCAUGCGCUACAUCCUCCGUCUGCAUGGGGCUGAGAGCAUCGAAACAGAGAAUGGUAUUCAUACACGUAGGGCUCGACACCCAGAUGAGAAGACUCUAUAUUUAACACCAGAGCAGGAGAAAGACAAGUCCCACUUCACAGACAAGGAGACGGGGCAGGACCACGAGCUGAUUGAAAGCAUGCCUCUGCUGGAAUGGUUCGCCAACAAUUACAAGAAGUUUGGAGCCACGCUGGAGAUCGUCACUGACAAGAGUCAGGAGGGCUCUCAAUUUGUCAAGGGCUUUGGAGGCAUCGGAGGGAUCUUGCGGUACAGGGUGGAUUUCCAGGCCAUCGAUUACCAGGCAGAGGACGACGAGUUUUUCGACUUGGAUGACUACUAGGUAGUCUGGGACUGAAUUGGGAAGAAAAGGAAGAAAACAAAAAGCGAAAGAAUGAAGAAAUAACGAAAGAAAAAAUGUCACCUCUAUUUUGCAGCCAGUGUGAGGGGGGAGUGAAAUCGACCACAUUUAAUUUAAAACACAUAAAUAUACACACAUUCUUCCACUAACGCUCACAUAGCUGAAUGAGGAGUACAAUUUUUCUUUCAGUCCAGAGGGAGAAAACCCUUCCUGAAUGAAUCCCUGCCUUAGAGUGCUGGUUCCUUCCCCCGUUUGGAUGGACUUGACUCAAAUCAAUUUUGUUUCAUUUAUUUUUCUCCCCUCCAUUUUGAAAGAACACAACAGCAAGUUCCCAGCAAUCCUCGCUCGCUGACCCUCCAACCCCACACCGCUCUGGUGUGAUGAAGACUUUGGACUCACUCCUCGCAUAUAGAAUAUAUAUAUUUUUCUUUCUUCCCCUCAUCUUGUCCUCGCCCCUUCCCCCUUCAAUCCCCCUUUCGAGUUUUAUUUUUGUGCAUUUUUUUUAUUGGUAAUUGCUGCUGUUGUAUUUUAUGAGAGUGGGGGAUUUUUUUUACCUGGGUUUCUGUAGAGAAAGGGGGGAAGUAUUAAAUUUGAACUGCUGAAAACCAUUGCUACCUCCUUA